UUGGAGAGAGGGGGAGCCACGGCCAGCAGCCAAACCCGACGAAGGCUGCUCAUCUCUCACCAGGAAUGACUCGGGAUAUGUGUUAGCCAAGCUGAUGUAACAUCGGCCAUACUUUCCCAGGUGUGUGCAGCUUUCCAUCUGACGGCAAGGAGACUGACGAGGAUGGGAAAACAGCAUGCGGUGACUGAGACUGAAUCCUGAGGGCACAGCGGGUUCACUGGCAGCGGCAGGCAGCUCGCGUGGAUGAAGGAUGAAGAGCCCGGUGCACAGAUGCAGGGACGUGGAGCACGGGCGUGGACAGGCCGGGGCCGGAGGCGGGGCCGGCUCUGCCUUCCUACAGGCUGAGCAGCGCAUCCCUAUCUCCAAAGACAUCAUCACCUCCUCCUCUGCCUCCGCCAUGUGGUUCAUCAGGGACGCCUGUGGCAUCGUGUGUGCCGUCAUCACCUGGCUGCUGGUGUUGUACGCUGAGUUCGUGGUGCUGUUUGUAAUGCUGCUCCCCUCCAAGAACCUGACCUACAGCAUUGUGAACGGGACUCUGUUCAACAGUCUGGCCUUCCUCGCCCUCGCCUCACACUUCAGGGCCAUGUGCACUGACCCUGGGGCUGUGCCAAAAGGGAACGCCACUAAGGAAUACAUAGAGAGCCUUCAGCUGAAACCGGGACAGGUGGUCUACAAAUGUCCAAAGUGCUGCAGCAUCAAGCCUGACCGAGCACAUCACUGCAGCGUUUGCAAGCGCUGCAUACGGAAGAUGGAUCACCACUGCCCGUGGGUCAACAAUUGUGUUGGGGAGAACAACCAAAAGUACUUUGUGCUUUUCACAAUGUACAUUGCACUCAUCUCUCUCCACGCUCUGGUCAUGGUGGUCUUCCAUUUCCUCUACUGCUUUGAAGAUGAUUGGACAAAGUGCAGUUCCUUCUCUCCUCCAGCAACAGUCAUCCUCCUCAUCCUACUGUGCUUUGAGAGUCUCCUCUUCCUCAUCUUCACCUCUGUGAUGUUCGGCACCCAGGUCCACUCCAUCUGUACCGACGAGACCGGCAUAGAGCAGUUGAAAAAGGAAGAGAGAAGAUGGGCUAAAAAAACUAAGUGGAUGAACAUGAGGGCGGUGUUCGGACACCCUUUCUCCAUAUUGUGGUUUAGCCCCUUCUCCACCCCUGACCAUGGGAAGGCUGAGACCUACCAGUAUGUGGUGUGAGAGCUGAGCGCAGGGAACCAGCCAGCCGGGUCAAAACCAAACUGGGCGGGGAGAACAGAGGUUUACCUGCGUCCCUCCAGACCCCAGCCCAGCCCAGCUGAGCUCAGCUAUGGCAGCCCUUUUGCCCCCAGUGCUGAACGUGAUUGUACUGUAACUCCCACACUAACCAUGGACACCUUUUUCAUCAUCUGCUUUUUGUGUUGCCAGCAAAUUGCACUCUACUUUGAUUUUCAUUUUUGCCUUGAACGAGCCGAGUUGCAGAGAAAAAGAAACACUGUCAGCUUGUGAAUCCUGUUAGCGAAACACUCUGUGAUUAAUGUUUUCUUUCCUGAGCUACUUUUUUUUUCUGUUUCUUGUAACAGAAAGCCUUCUCCUUGUCCUUUGUUUACUCUUGCUUUCCCUCAAGUCUUCCUCUUGUCAGUCAGGUGCCACUCUGUACUAUGUUCCAGACUUUGACAAAGUAAUCAUUUCAAAUUGCAUCACAUGCUUAAAGUGUAAUACCUUUCAACCUGUCUUUACCGGCUUAUGAAUAACAGACUGAAAAUUGUAGGUUAGUGACACAUUCAAAACGAUCCUGCAUUUUGCUCGAGUCUGGAACAUUGUCUCUGAUUCUUUUCUGAUACAUGCUUGACACGAACAAAGCCACUGUUGGAUGAGAUUUACAAACAAAAACAAAAAAAACAAGCCAGGAUGUUAUUUUUUCACUUUACAGAAUCAGUCCCUCAAUUGCCAGCUUGCUUUGGUCGUGGCAGGUCUUAACCACACAUGUUCUUGUAAGUGCUUAGCGUCAAAAUGAAACGGUUUCAAUCUGGUGCAAUGAAGGUAAUUAACAAGUUUGGUUUGUCAUCUGUCAAGAACAAAGGCAGGUGGUAGAAUUUGUUGGCAGAAUUCACUGUGCUUAGUGAGGCUGUCAGCAGAAAGAUUGUAACAUAUUUUUUGGGGCGCACAUGAAGGUUUGGCCUCAAUGUUAACACCAUUGCUUUCUGUGUGUCUGCAUGAACACUUGACAUCGAAGCCCCCGUGUUCCAGGCCAGUGAUUAACCAUGACAGUAUGUGGUGUCAACUCGUGCCAAAUUUAGUCAGUCUUUCAAUUAUGUUUGCGAGGGAAAGGUUUGACAUAAGAUUCUCCAAAAAGGACACUGUUUUAUAUUCACCUUUUCUUUGCCGGAGAAGAUGUUGAGCUCUGUGUCGAGUCAAAGGGAACCAGCCUAUAAAAAUGUAUGAAUUUGCCUGGCACACAGCUGAUUAUACAGCAGCAGGAUCAUACCUGGACUGUGUCUGCACUAUAACAAAUCAUGUUGAAGCAUUUAACAAACUAUUAACAAACUCAACUGUCGCCAUUCACACUACCAGGAGUAAUAGUUGCAAUUUGCACUUUGUGUGUCAUUUCUGUUGAAGCUUUUAUCCUGUGUGAACUGCUCUCUGUUCUGCAGCGUGCAUUUUAUUAUUCUCUUUGUUUACAUGGUAUUGUAUGUAUCCUUUUGUUAUCUGAAUGCAUGGUACAGGUGAAGGCUAGCUUAGUAUUGUAGGUGAAACACUGCUGGUAUGCUGGUGCCAAGUCUUGCUGGUGAGAGUGAUGUGGAAGAUGUUUUUUAACAGAAAUUUUAAGUCUUUCUAAAUAUUCUGAAGGUAUUUCAGCACAUGCGCAGAGAAUAAAUACUUCUCAGUUGCAAUGCAA